CAGUAUUGGUGAAUCGGUGCCGCCGACGCCGCCGCCUCCAUCUCCGGGGAUCGCCGCCGCCGCGCGCCGUCAACGGCCAGCAUCGCUCCUUCGAAGCAGGCCGCGCGCGCAAUAGCCGCAAGCGCUGCUUCCGCCGCCGCCGCAGCCGCCGCGCUCCAAGUACCGCCUCCAGAAAUGUCUCCCCCGUCGGAAUCGAGCUCAUCUUCUCAUCCAGCUCCUACGCGGUCCACCUCUUGUACAGUCGCAGCCACAAGCUUCCUUCCCGGCGUCUCCGAUAUAAGCCCAAUCGACGUCUCUGAUGCAGCUCGGCGGGACUCUGGUCGCCACAUUGUUUCCGACAGGAGGAUUCGGCCUUCAGGUUCUAAAAUUCAGAAUCAGAACUGCUGGAGACGAGACUCUCAGUGGGCCAUCUCCGCUCAUCUAAACCAUGUGGCAUAUGGGCUGUAUUUUCAUUUCCACGGCCCGCGAGGCGGAAGCCCACUACUUGGUUCCCGACGCCAGCACAACGGCAUUGAAAUUCUCCGCCUGCCGCCCGAACUCCCCUCCCCUGCUUCUCUUCUCCCCACCUCGCCGGAGCGCCAAGAGCCCAUCCAUCGUCCCCACCUCCGUUCCUCUCUCCACCGCGCAGCGCUCGCCGCCUCUGCUACGCUGCACAGCGUCGGCGGCCGAUGGACCUGUUCCCCGACCGGGGCCACGUGCGGCUGCGGAGCCGCGUGCUGGGCACGUACCUCCACGCCGACUCCGACGGUGCUAUCAUCUCCUUCAGCGAGAACCGGGCGUUGAUGAACGUGGCGUGGGCGGUGCACGUCUACCAGGACGACCGGGACAACAUGUACGUGCUGCUGCAGGGCGCCGCCUACGGCCUCUACCUCGCCUCCACCGGCAACCGGGCGGAACCGGAGGUGGCUGGCCACCAGGGAAUCUGCGUCUACCAGCACGACUACGACGAGCCGGAGGUGAGGGCCAUCAUGUGGCAGGUCGUCGUGUCCGGCUCCGGGGACAACGACGUGCUGCUCCGCCAUGCCAACGGAGGCUACCUCCGCGCCAACGGGAAGUACCCCACCAUCGACGACUCGGACGGCCGCCGUAGCAUGAUGAUGCUCUGGGUCGUGGAGCCCAUCCCCGCAAGACAGGACAUGCCUGGCCUUCCUCGUCCCCAGAUCGAGGCCGGGAGCAGUUCUUGGCUUCUUGCCACCUCUGUUUCCUGACUUCUUCUCGGGAUCAAAUUUGAUGUGCGUCCGACCGGGCCGCUACGCGCGGCUGAGCCCGAUGCUCAUCGACCUGCCUCGAGAUGGCUACGGCGAGACCCUCUUCAUGGUCGUCGUCAUGACCGGGACGCCUGCCGAAGCUCAUCUGCAACUGCGAUACCCGGAUAUCGAUGCGGAGUAGGUGAUAUCAGAGUCGGACUCCUGAUGGUCGCCUCACAAUUCACCUCUUUAGAAGUGCCGCUGCCUCGGACACGACAACAUGAGAAUUCAGAAUUUCUGCGUAGUGAUAUAGGUUCAGAAAAACUCAGCACCCCCUGUGUUUCUGCUAGCCAAACUUGAUCCGUUCUCCCCACAGGAGGAACCUGUUGGUUUCGGCUUUGUGGUUCUAUAAUUCAGAACUGCUGAAAGCAUUAAGUAGAAUGGCUGAACAAUGUUUGCUAUUAUCCUGGCAACUACUUGGUCGUUUAUAGCUCCAUUUCUCUUAGAUGAAGCUUCUGAUGUCAUCUGUUUCAAUUCACCUCUUCAGAACAUGAGAAUUCAGAACUUUUGUGAUACCAAUAACUUCUGGGCACAUAGCAAUUUCUGACACGCGGAGCUUUUGUGGGAUUGCUUUUGUUUCUUUUUUUUCGUUCUCAUCUAUUUCAGUUACCUCAAAUCAAAACCGGACGUAGUCCAAUUGUCUGGUCGACGAUCCUUGUGGAAUCAUACCUUGGAAUCAACCUGACAAUCAAUACUUUCUGCUUUGGCUCUCAU